AUGAAAGCCGCCCUCGAUGGACAACCGAAUGUCUUCGUCGUAUCCCUCGGUGACCUUGGUGAGUCCAAGGAUUGCAACGACACAAAACAGCUUUUCUCGGGAACCACUGAGUGCUUCAAGCUUGCACGGGAGUACUUGGACGGAUUUGGCAGGAGCUACAACAUUGUUGGUGGAAAUCAUGAUCUGGAGGGCAUCGAUGAGUUUGGCACAGAUCAGGAAAACCUUGCAGUUUUCCUUGACAUCCUCGGCAAGGACACCCCGUACUGCAGCUGA